AUGAUAUGGGACGCAAUAUGGUAUGGAGGACGUUCAGAUUUAGUCUGGUUUGAUACCACGGAGAGUCAAGGAAGGAGGAAAGGUGUGACGGCGGCCAUUUAUUGCGAACAGAUCACAAAAAAGGCUCUUAAGAAAUUUUGGAGACGGGUUGACACCAGAUGGAGGGCAUAUGGGGGUGCUAGGAUCUUAGAAGAUAAUGUGAAAGUGCAUACUGCCCAAGAAAAUCAAUCAGUAGGUCAAAAAUUCAAAUUCCGCUACCUCAACCAUCCCCCUUCUUCACCCGACUUAAAUCCAAUAGAGAAUUGUUGGGCAUAUCUCAAGCGUGAACUCUCCCGACUUCCCAGGAAGCCAACAACACCAGAGGAAUUGUUUGAGACGGCACAAAAGAUGUGGCGCAACAUCCCACAAGAAGUUAUCGACAGGACAAUAGAUAGCAUGAUUUAUCGACUUGAGAGGGUGAGAAGGGAAAAUGGUUUUGUCACCAAGUAUUGA